GGGGCGGCCGAGCGCAGAGCUCCGGGGCUGCCUUCGGGCACUGCCACCCCGCCGCCUCCUCCCCGGGGCCCGCGCUCGCUGUCGGGCCGAGCUGUGGUGGCUGCAGGGUGUGUGGUGACCGUUGGUCCUCUCUUAGCACAGGCUGAAGUGGAGGAAACCUUAAAGAGGAUUCAGGACCACAAGGGGGUUAUCGGAAUGAUUGUUGUAAACGCCGAAGGAAUUCCAGUAAGAACAAAUCUUGAUACCUCUACAACAUUGCAGUACACAGAGCAUAUUCGUCAGCUCAUCACACAAGCUUGGAGUGCAGUGAGAGAUCUUGAUCCUCAGAAUGAGCUCAUCUGCCUGAGGAUCAGAACAAAGAAGCAUGAAAUUAUAGCAGCUCCAGAAAAUGACUGUCUCCUGAUCGUUAUUCAGAACCCAGACAGAUAGUCCUACUGUGGCAGUAUUUGUAGAGAGACUGAUGUAGUUCUACUUGUUAAACUAAUAUUACUUGUUGUUAUCUUGUGUGAAAUUACUUAGUGCUGUGUUUGAUACUAAGUGUAACUCUCAUAACUGAAA